AUUUUUUUUUAUUGAAGACGCUUCGUUAAGGUGCCCUCUAUCCACUUCUGUCAAUUUUAUGAUCGUACCUGGGGGGCCUAUUAGCGUCACGUAACCUUAGUUGGCUUAGCGCAAUCCUGACAGAUUCAAUGUCGAAUGGUACAAAAUUUACGCAAUGACGCCGAGGAAAUGCGAAGAAAUCGGCGACAAAAAGUUUAAGAAACGGAGACGAUCCAGCGAAUCCCGUACAAAUUCUAGCGAUACCGAGAACGUAAUCGGCGAUCACGCGUGUAAACGGAAGGUGGGAAAGGGCAAGAGAGUUUUGGACGCCGAGUCGAGCGAAAACAGUUUGAUUAACGCGACAAAAUUCGCGGUCGAAAAAAAGUCGCUCUCGAAGCAGGUGCAGGUCGAUACGUUUAGGUUUAGAGAUGCGAUCAGGCCGUCCGCGAAAUCGCCGUCGGGUGCGAAAAAACCGCCGACCAAGCCGAAGACGUCUCAACUGAAAAAAGUGCGCAGUAAAAAGCUCGCCGAAGAACCGGACGACAAGCCGGAGCCGCAGUCGGCACCCGUGCCGCAGAAACCCUGGUUGCGGUACUCGAGCGUGGCGCAGAAUGCGCUCUCGCUUUUGAAUAACGAGGUGAGUUCGGCGCUUUGUCAGGUUUUGGGUAGCAUCGAUGACAUUCAAAUGCGCGUGCGUGCCACCAUGGACGAAAUACAACAGUGCGAUAAAGUGUACGAGCGGCUACGUCACCAGAAAGUCUGCCAUUCUUCGCCGAUACUCGCGGCCGAGCCGUUACACAAUGCGGCCAAUGAGAGUCUGCCGCACGCCCUCGAGGUCGGUUUGCUCCAGACUCAGAGCGAAAACCAAAUGCGGAUUGCCGUGGACACCCCUGUUACAGCUAACGAGCAAUCCGAAGACGAGCUCAGCAAACCAGUCGACUCGAAUAGCGACGAGGAGGUCACCAUCGUCGAAGCGAAAAAGGUGGAAUUGGAAGUGAAGGACAGUUUGCCCCAGCCCGAAAAGCGAGCGGUUGGUAAAAAGGGCAAGAAAAAAUCCAAGGUUAUUCAAAUACUGGCCGAAGAGCUGUACGUGCCCGAGAAGAUCAACAAAAUUAUGGAGUCGAGUUUGCCGCCCGAAAACCCGACUGGCAAGAGGUUUAUGUACCAGGAAACGACAAAGAAGCCCAAAAAGAAAAGGAAAUAUCCCAACAGCCUGCUAUUUCCCGAGGCCGAGUCGACCGUUGCCAGGGCCGACAGUAACCAGUGCAAUAUCAUUAUCGAAACCGCCGCGCCGGACCCUCACGAGCCGUCCGGUUACCCCCUCUCCAAGUCCGGUUUGAAUUGCUUCGAUAUACUAGACGAGAUCACGUUAAACGACGUGAGGCCGCUAAGGUCCGAGUAUCCGCGUCGGGAUUGCGAGGGUCGCAAGGUGGAAAGUACGUACCUGUACAGACUCGUGCGCGGUUCGAUGCAGGCUCAGUUCUUGGAGUUGCUGCGACUCGAAGAGCCUUCGCUGACGUGCUCGCAGAAGUGCGACAGCUGCUCGUCCGUGAAGACGCAACCGAAAAAGUCGCCCGUCAAGAAAUCCAAAAAAUCGGACCACGACGAGGUGGCGGCCAAGCUGCGGCAGUACCUGUUCGACCCGCACAUUCGUUACCCGACCACCAUCACGGUGAUGCCGGUCGUCAUCACGACCUAUACGAAUCCCAACUUCGUAAAGGCCCCGGGAGGUGACUGCGCCACCAAGAAAACCCCCAGACAAACAAAGACCAAAGACAAGCCCGCGAAGAAGCCGAAUCGGCCGACACCUCGUCGCGACGAGUCGUGGGGCGACUUCGAGACCGCGCCGAAACGGCUGAGGAGCCCGAAACCGAACCGCAAGUGGGAGAAGAACAUACAAAGCCUAAUCGAGCUGGUCGAGCACAAAAUAGUCGAAAUCCUAUCCGAUCCGAAAUCCACUCACCUCGACGCCUUCAAAUCGGUCGAGACGAAGAUCAUCGAGCUGCUCCACGGGCAGAAAUCGCUCGACGCGAUCGAGGAGCAAAAGCCGCCGCGUCCGAAGUUCCUCUCGAAAACGACGAGCAAUCUCGACAAGCCGAAGUGUAACGCGCUCGAGAGCAACACCUACCCUUCGCUCGUCGACAAUGUGCGUUCGUUACCUCUGCAGAUCAUGCGCCUAAAUCUGAAGGCGCCCACCUGCAAGCGCAUCGACGAGUCGACAGCGACAACGAAAUCGAUAACCGCCGCGAACACGAGGAGCGAACAGACCUCGUGCACGUUCCCCGACAUUUACCCCUCGCUCGAGGUCAUCAACUUCCUGGACACCCUCGCGAAUAUAUCCACGGUUGCCCUCGGCGACGUCACCUCGGGCACGCGCACCACCGUCUUUUACAAGUGGCCGAUUCGGAUCUCGUACCCGUUCUCGACCUGCACCCUGUUUCACGCCGUGCGAGUUACGGGUGCGCCCCGCGACAACAGUCCGAGUCGACCCCAACGCAACAGAUCAUCCCUACCCGUGCGCAACUGCAAAAAGAAAUGCCCCACGAAGGCGGUCACCUUCAAAAGCGCAGAGGACGAGGAUCGCAACCCGAAGACAGACGAGGACGGUGCCGAAUGGGAAGAGGGAGAAGGAUUCGAUUAUAAUCGGCUAUUAAAUUAUCUGUACGGCGCGCUAUUUACGAUCGAGUUUCUUGGACUUACUUUUAAUUAUUCGUGUAAUUCUUGAAUUUUAUUCUUUUAAACGAAAAUUUAUUCAUGCGAAACUGAUUUUUCCAAUAAAAAACUUUCUGGGGUUAUUAUAUUCCGAUCUUGUAUGUGGCCGAGUGGUUCCCGAAUACGGUCCUGACUGUUUAAAUUCGUAUGAAAACUUAAGGCGCCGGGAAUUCGUGGGAAAAGGCGAAAUUAACUAGAAUUAUGUAACAAUUUUGCAAUGGUCGCGUCUGUAGUUCGGCUUUAAUGGAGUAGAUUUAUGUGUAACUAAAUGCCAUUGGACCAAAAAAAAAUGUUUGAAUGGUGUACAGGGUGAGUCACGGAAUGGGCGAGAAUUAAAAACGAAAAGUAGUGGAAAUUUGGUUGUUGGUAGAGAGCCGUGGGACAAUUCGCGUUAAGCUCCGAUGGCGUUCGCGUCGAGCAGUUAAAAAAGUUAAGUCGACCAGCGGUAAGUUAGGGCAGUUUGUGUAAAGAAUUCGGAUUAAGCCGCGGGGUAAUUCGCGUCGGGCCGACAGGCAAAAAGGAACCUCGAAUCGUGAAACCAAUCGCGUAGAAAGAAGUUUUAGGAAUAUAUUAAUGUCCGUGUACCUUUGGAUCUCACAAAUAAAAUAGAGUCGUGUGCGGAAAAGGGAGUAUUGCAGUACCAUUCGUAGUUCGGCUUUAUUGGAAUAGAUUUAUGUGUAAAUAAAUCUCAAUGGACCAAAAAAAUUAAAAAAGUUAAGUCGGCAAUGUGUAAGUUAACGCAGGGUGGAUUUUAGGUUGUGUAAAGAAUUCGGAUUAAGCCGCGGGCUAAUUCGCGUCGAAACGAGAAAAAAAAUGAGCAUCGAAUCGCGUUGCGGAGAACCAGGAGUUGAUCGUAACAAUUGCGCGAAAUGUAAUUCACCUUACAACGCACCAGAAUCGCUGAACUUCCUUAUGACAAACGUGGUACAAUAGGAAGCGCCAACCUGCAAUACUGAUCCAAGCAAAACACUCUCAGUAGGCGGAAAAUAUCCCAUCGGUACGGUUUGCAAUCUACACUGCAAGCAACCAGUCCUCUGGAUAUUCCGCCGUCUAUCUUACAUUCGGAGGAGAUCUCAAAACGGCGGACCAGCGAUCAACGCAUAACUCACUUGUAUACAAAUUUAUAAUAUGUAAAUUUAUUAGAUACCAGCGCGAAAUCACCACUAAUCAAUUCAGCGUCGAUGUUGGAACUUCCAUUAAACACGGUUAAAUUUGCUUGUGUAUCUUUCUAGAAAAAUUUCAGAACGUUCUCGAGAAUAUCAGCGAAUUUCUCGAAAAAACGCGUCGCAUCCGCUUUCGUUCCAUUUUCCCGUGACUAAUUUUGUCUCGAGGACAGCUGCUGGCGCUCCGAUGUCACGACAGUACAAAACUUUAUGUGACAGAUAGGUUCUCGUGGGGUUAAGUAGGAAAAAAACAGAGGCCACACAGUAUAGCACCUGGUGAACCCGAAAACGUAGUACAGUUCAACGUUAUAUAGAAUUUCUAUAUAACAAUCAAUGCGAUCUUUGUUUCAAGGAUUCAACCUAGUAAAAUCUAUGGAGGUCGAUGCAACAUUUAAUUAGUGCAGAAAAAAUUAGAAGGUACUGUAAAUGUUUGUCUUGAAUUCAAAGGAAGUUUCCAUACAAUUUGUUAAGAUUUCAAUUAGUACAUGAAAUCAAUUAUGUUCACUUUUAAAAAGAAACAACCCCCUUAAAUUAUGUAGUACAAAAGAA